AUGUCAGCAUUGUUUGGAGCCAUCAUAGCAGAUUCAUAUUGGGGGAAAUAUAAAACUAUCUUCAUCUUGUCUAUUGUACACGCAAUUGGAAAUAUCUUAGUGGCUAUUGCAUCUCUUGUCACGUCAGUCAGUUUACAAUUUCAGAGAUCAUUUACAAUAGUUGGAUUAUUGUUAACAUCAAUCGGAGCAGGUGGUAUAAAACCAUGCGUCUCUGCUUUUGGCGGUGACCAAUUUGUUCUGCCAGAUCAAGAAGAUCGUCUGCAAAUGUUCUUUUCAAUAUUUUACUUUGCAAUCAAUUUAGGGUCAUUGUUAUCGUCGUCCAUUACACCGGAGCUGAGAAAAUCAGUUCAAUGUUUUGGCAAAGAUUCAUGUUUUCCAUUAGCAUUCGGGGUUCCUGCUAUCCUUAUGUUGAUCUCAAUAGUAUUCUUUGUAAGUGCCAAGAACAUGUAUAAGAUCAAUAAACCAACGUCCAGUAUCAUUACUACUUCAAUUGGAUGCAUAUUUCACGCAUUGAAGAAGAAAAUAACCACUUCUUCAAAUGAAGAGAAAAGGAAAGAUUGGUUGGAAUAUGCAGAUGAUAAGUACAACGCACAAGAAAUAUCUGAUUUGAGGUCAGCAUUAGACGUUAUGUAUUUGUUUAUUCCAGUCCCAAUGUUUUUCGCACUUUUUGAUCAACAAGGAUCUCGUUGGAUUUUGCAAGGAACGCUAAUGAAUGGCAAGAUCGAUUUUUUAAAUUGGAUUUUAAAGCCUGAUCAAAUACAUUUAAUUAACCCACUGUUCGUAUUAAUAUUUAUACCACUUUUUAAUGCUUUCGUCUAUCCCCUUUUGUAUAAAAUUGGUAUAAACACAGCAUUACGAAAAAUCACUGUUGGUGGAAUGUUUACUGCAUUAGCAUUUGUCUGUGCUGCAGUUGUCCAAUACACCAUAAUUGGGCAAACCUUUGAAAUACCAUCAAAUGAAGGCCAAUUAAGAAUAUACAAUAAUUUUGAUUGCAAAGUAGCCAUAUCCGGAUCUUUGGUUGGAAACUUCAGCAUUGAAAAAUUAGAUGUACUUCAUAUCAAUUAUAGUUCUAAUGUAUUUAAUGAAACCGAUGUCUUAUCCAUAGACUUACAUCCGACGUGCGAUUUAAAAAUGACUUCUUUGAAACAACACGUUUUCAUCGACAAAGGAAGGGUUUCGUCAUAUUUGUUGACGUCUAAGAAUAAUGUCGAUAUUGAAUUAAAACAUUUGAACGAAUUGAAGAAACUAAAGAACGGAAAUUCAAAUCUUAGGAUUUUGCACGGUAAUUUCUCCGACCAAAACAUUGCAUUUAGGAUUACUAAUAAUACAUUGUCAGAAUUAAGUUUCAAACUUUCAACGAACCAAGAUCAAAAUUAUGAAUUACCUGUCGGAACUUAUGACAUAUAUUUGGAUAACGAAUCUAUUUUGGAAAAUGUUGAUUUUCUCCCUGCUAGUAUUAAUGACCUAUUAUUUCACCAUAACUUUAACCACACGAAUGCCAAGUUGAUCACUUUAGAAAAAGGUAAAUAUAUCCACAUUCUAUGGCAAGUUCCUCAAUUGAUUUUAGUUACAGUAGCUGAAGUAAUGUUUGUGGUUACAUUAUUGGAAUUCUCAUUCACUCAAGCUCCAUUGAGUAUGAAGUCAUUUCUUUCAGCAAUCAAUUUAUGUACAAUAGCAGUUGGAAAUGUACUUAUAGUUCUUAUCUCGAGAAUUGAACUAUUUGAAAAUCAAGGUCACGAGUUCCUAUUUUAUGCAGGUUUAAUGUUUUUGGAUAUGAUACUUUUUAUGGUAAUGAGCACCAAAUACAAGUAUAAAUGUAUAAACACAUACAAUAAACCUAAAGAAUAA